AUGCCACAAUCACUCGAUUUUGCCUAUACAUGCAGUCGUGGCGUACCCGAAUACCAUACAAUUACUCUAUGGUGCGCACCGGAACUUCAGAAUGCAGUUAUCACUUAUCACAACGCUGUCGCUGAUACGAAAAAAUAAUAAGAAGAACAAGCUAUUAAAAUGAAAUAAUUCGUCAAAUAAAAUAACAUAAUUAAUAAUAUUAAUAUUGUUAGGCUGUAUAGUAGUUCUGUGUGUCUGUGUAACGAAUAACGAUGGGUGCUACGGUGGGGAACGAACCGAAAUCGGAAAUCUCCAAUUAUGUCAAGUUGAACAUCGGUGGAUCGUUGUUCUACACGACUGUAACAACGCUCUCAAAACUCGACUCGAAGCUACGUGAUAUGGUGUUGUCAGAAGCGGCACAAAAUGCUGAAACGUUGGAAUCUGAAGGAUGGGUGUUUAUUGAUCGUUGUGGCAAACACUUUGGCACCAUACUCAACUUCCUGCGAGACGGAUCUGUACCGUUACCCGAAACAUGCGUGGAGAUAUCCGAGAUACUGGCUGAAACCAAGUAUUACGGCGUUUCUGAGCUGCAUGAAGCAUGUGAACAGGCGUUGCAAAAGAAAAGAAACCGGAACUCAAACAUAACGUGGGUGACAUUGAUAACGUCCCAGAACGAAGCCCAAAAAUUGAUAUCCGUAUCGUCAAAACCGGUGGUGAAAUUUGCAAUUAAUCGUCACAACAACAAAUAUUCAUAUACAGGGGCAUCAGACGAUAAUUUGUUGAAAAACAUUGAGCUGUUUGAUAAACUGGCAGAAAAACAUAGAGAGCGCGGUCUAUUUAUUAAAGACGUUAUUGGAUCAAACGAAAUCUGCUGUUGGACAUUUUAUGGCCCUGGGGGAGCUGUCAAAAAAGUUGCUGAAGUGUGUUGCACUUCAAUAGUGUAUGCUACAGACAAAAAACACACAAAAGUGGAUUUUCCAGAGACACGUAUACUUGAAGAGACCAUGAAUGUCAUGUUGCUAGACACACGGAUCAACAAGUCUGUACAGGAACACGAACUAAUAGAGGCCACAUCAAGUUCAAAUGGCAAUUGCCGUUGCUCGUGUUCAAGUCAAUGGUCAGAUAUACAGUGGGAUAAUAGUACGGCCAGCACAUUAUAAAACAACUGACAACUGAUUGUAGUUGUAAACUGUUUAUUCGUUUUUAAAUAAUUGUCAUGAGACAAAUUUUUUUUAUUAUAAAAGUCUUCAACUUAUAAUAGUGUCCUAUAAAUUGUUAACUGCUGUAACAAAACUAAUGCAAUAUCUUAAAUUAA